AUGUCGUCAAUGCUUGGAUCUGGCCUCCAGGUGAGCACCAAAUCUGUUCGUAAUUCUAUCAAGUUGUUCGACAAUCAAGCUCUUUCCGAUGUUCAGAUCAAAUUGAGAGAUGGUGAGCGCAUAUUUGGCCACAAGCAAAUUUUAGCCCAACAAUCAGAAUGGUUCUUCCGAGCCUUCAAUGGCAACUUUCCGGUCGCUUCAAGCAAGGAAAUCUGCCUCGACGAUGAAGACGAUGAUCCAAAAGCAGUUCGUGCUAUGAUACGCCAUAUCUACGAUCCCGAAGACACGGUCUACCCCUCGACGACCUGCCCCUCGUUCGUGCCCCCAGAAAUGAUGUCCCAAGUCAACGUGUUUGCUGCUGCCGACAAAUACGACGUUCCUUCGUUGCGAGUACUGGUCAUUAGCGUUUUCACUCGGUCAAUGGAGCAUAAAUGGCAAAAUAAUCCACAGGAAUUUUGCGCGGUCAUCCAACGCCUUUGCGGACCCACUGCUGUGAGAUUCGCAGAUCCAUCACUCCAGAUAUCUGCGGCCUCAUUCUGUUCGGAACACAUAUGA